AUGGACAUACAACGCAUGGCAAAGCCCUCAUUCGCCAAAACCGACAAGCUAGCCCCAUCGUUCCGGAUUAACGAUAUCCUUGCCUCGACUGCAUCACCCAACCAGACUGACAAUGAGCUCCCAACUCUUCCACAGAUUCAAACCAACUUGUCCACAGUGCCUCCGAUAGACCCACAACUGUGGGCUCAACUCCCAAGUUAUCUGACCAACAGUCCCAGUCUAGUAUCAACAUUUUUACUAGGGUUGUCCAACAUUCUACUGGACACAAACGAAGAACCCAUAAACAAGCGAUUCGAUAACCUUGUGUUGGGACAAAUGAAAAAUGGAGACAUUCUGCAUAGAUUAAUUAACCUAAGCACAUCCAAUCCCCCCAACUUGCCAGCAGAAGCGAACUACAGGAGAACCGCCCCACCUAAACACCACUCCGACUCGACCAGCAGUGAAUCCCACUGUCCCAGCAAAGCAAAAGAAUGGGGUCGGUACACGCAACACUACUUGAAACUCCAAGAUACUCAGUCUUUACCAGUUUCUACCUACGACUCCAAAGCUGUUGAACUUUCCCCGGACGGGAUUCCCCUUCUUAGCAAAGGAAUCACAGAGUACGGCCGAAUUUCAGCUUUUUCCAAUGUUAUCCACCACUCUGGCCGGUCAAGUGACUAUGAUAACAUCAAUUUGACAACCACCUCCUCCAAGCCAUCGAGCCCCUAUUCAACAGAAAGUGAGCAACAGUGGAUUGCUUUCGGACCCUUGGAGAAACCUGACGAUUGUCAAGUUGAUGACGACUCAGAUGGGGGCUUACCGGGGCAACAGCAGCAGCAACAACAGACCGCAAACUCCGCCCUAGAUGCUCUUAUUCACAUGACAACGUCCUCAAUGCAACAACUACACAGGAGGUCCACUGUCCCAGCUGACGUGACUACCCAUCUGGGCAUCUCUUGCAUCAACCGUGGAACCCGGAUUGCAAAGCGACGAAAAACAAGGACAACCUUCUCGAAUUCACAACUGACCGAACUAGAGCAUAACUUCAAUCGACAGAAAUAUCUGACACCCACGGAUCGUGAUCGCAUUGCGAAAACCCUUGGUCUUUCAAACACGCAGGUAAUCACGUGGUUUCAAAAUCGCCGUGCCAAAUUGAAACGUGAAGCAGAAGAGCUUGAGCGUGACGUGUUGGCUGCAAGGCAACAAGAACAGCAGAAAAUAUUUGAAAAAGUAUCACAAUGCAACAACAACAGUACCGCGGAUAACUGGAAAGUUUUGAAAGAUCUAGAACGUGGUGUGUGGCCUGCCAACUUGGGUCUGUCUUAUGCCAUGGGAGCUGACAGUGCAACCACUCUGAACCAAUUGAGUCGACAUUUUGAGCUCAAUACAAAGACAGCUAAUCUCAGUAGAGCAGAACACUUACACUCUAGACCCAAUGGCCACGACCGACACAGGGAGGUGUCUUUAUCUCUGUCAGAUGCUAUAGAUUCUAAGUCAACUGACGCGAGGGUACCAGGAGAGGUGCGAUCCAAAAAACUGUUAUGGAGCCCGGCCGAAGAGAUUGAAGAUGAAUUUGGCUAA